AUAAUGUGGAAAUAAAUAUCUAACGAGCUUCUAACAACUCAUUUCAGUCCUUCCAGUAUCAAAAACCCUAACGUUACAGCUCUCGCCACUGGCUCUAAUACGUCAGCCCGCCGCCGUGUUCCGCCGAUCCUUUGAUAUCAUCCACCGUGCUACACCGCCGUCAUCUCUCUGUUCCUUCAAUCUUCUUUCUCGUUCUCCUCACUUAGCUUAUCUGUCCUCUUCUUCUUCCCUGUCUGACAGGUGUACUGAGAGCGACGACUAGGAGACUUGCUUUUGCGACAAGAUCAAAGUCAGUGGCAACCAUGGCAGCUAAUCAAGAGUUCACGGGGAAUCUAAAACGCGAGGUCGAGAAGCUCUUUGAUGCUUCUCUGAGAUUAACUGUUCCUGAUGGAACUAGUGUUGAGACCGAGGUUGCUGCCUCUCUUCCUGGAAAACCUGGAGAUUACCAAUGUAACAAUGCAAUGGGUCUAUGGUCCGUUAUUAAAGGAAAGGGCACUCAGUUCAGGGGUCCUCCAGCUGUUGGACAGGCCAUUUCGAAGAAUCUACCUGUUUCAGAGAUGGUUGAAACUUGCUCUGUAGCUGGCCCUGGUUUUGUUAAUCUUGUACUAUCAAGCAAGUGGAUGGCUAAGAGUAUUGAAAAAAUGCUCAUCGACGGGAUUGACACAUGGGCGCCUACCCUUCCAGUUAAGAGAGCCGUGGUUGAUUUUUCCUCUCCCAACAUUGCUAAAGAGAUGCAUGUUGGUCACCUGAGAUCAACCAUCAUCGGUGACACUCUAGCUCGCAUGCUCGAGUACUCAAAGGUUGAAGUUCUACGCAGAAACCAUGUUGGUGACUGGGGAACACAGUUUGGCAUGCUAAUUGAGUAUCUCUUUGAGAAAUUUCCUGAUACUGAGAGUGUGACUGAGACAGCCAUUGGAGAUCUUCAGACGUUUUACAAAGCAUCAAAGAGUAAAUUUGAUAGUGAUCCAGACUUCAAGGAAAAAGCACAAAAGGCUGUGGUCCGUCUACAGGGUGGAGAUCCUAUUUACCGCAAGGCUUGGGCUAAGAUUUGUGAAAUCAGCCGAACCGAAUUUGACAAGGUUUAUCAGCGCCUUAAAGUUGAGCUUGAAGAGAAGGGUGAAAGCUUUUACAACCCCUACAUCGCUGACGUAAUCGGGAAGUUGGAUAGCAAGGGGUUGAUUGAAGAAAGUGAGGGUGCUCGUGUGAUUUUCCUCGAAGGCUUCAACAUCCCCCUCAUGGUUGUAAAGAGUGACGGUGGUUUUAACUAUGCCUCAACUGAUCUGACUGCUCUUUGGUAUCGGCUUAAUGAAGAGAAAGCUGAGUGGAUUGUAUAUGUUACCGAUGUUGGCCAGCAGCAACAUUUUAACAUGUUCUUCAAAGCUGCAAGAAAAGCUGGUUGGCUUCCAGACAGUGAUAAAACUUACCCUAGAGUUGACCAUGUUGGAUUUGGUCUCGUCCUUGGGGACGAUGGCAAGCGAUUUAGAACGCGAUCUUCAGAUGUAGUCCGCCUAGUUGAUUUGCUAGAUGAGGCCAAGACUCGCAGUAAAACUGCCCUUAUUGAGCGUGGUAAGGACAAAGAAUGGACUCCCGAGGAGCUAGACCAAACAGCUGAGGCAGUUGGAUAUGGUGCGGUGAAGUAUGCUGAUCUGAAGAACAACAGAUUGACAAAUUAUACUUUCAACUUUGAUCAAAUGCUUAGUGACAAGGGAAAUACAGCCGUUUACCUUCUUUACGCUCAUGCUCGGAUCUGUUCAAUCAUCAGAAAAUCUGGCAAGGACAUAGAUGAGCUGAAAAAGACAGAAAAGCUAGCAUUGGAUCAUCCUGAAGAACGAGCACUAGGGCUUCACUUGCUUCGAUUUGCUGAGACGGUUGAGGAAGCUUGCAGCAACUUGUUGCCGAACGUGCUGUGUCACUACCUCUACGACUUAUCUGAACGCUACACCUCCUUCUACUCCAUUCAUCAGGUCAUUGGUUCACCAGAAGAGGCAAGCCGUCUCCUACUUUGUGAAGCGACGGCUGUAGUGAUGCGGAAAUGCUUCCACCUUCUUGGAAUCACUCCUGUUUACAAGAUUUGAUUCCAUCACUAUCACAAUUAAACUACUCAAAAGACCAGAGUACUCUUAUCUGUUCUGGCAUUUUUUUUCUUCUUUUGUACAACUUGUGAGAAAGACGGUUCUUUAACUCUAAAUUAUCUUUUGUUUUCAUUUAUCUUGGGCGACCUUGUAUACAAAUGAUUACAAUGUUCAACUGAUUCGGAAAGUUUGGUUUGAUCAUGUCAA